AUGGGCCGCAAGCGCCGCCAGCCGUCACCGCCGCCGCCUCCGCCUCCGGAGGAGGAGUCUUCCGCCGAGGAGGAGGAGGAGGAGGAGGAGGAGGCGGCGGAGGCCACCCCCGCGACCCAAAAUUCCCCCAAGCCCCCUUCCGCCGCCGCGGACGACGACGCCGAGGCCGACGCCGAUUCGUCGGACGGAAGCGACGAGGAGUCCUCCGAGUCGGGCAAGAUCGACGCCGAGGCCUUCGAGCUGCGCCAGAUCGCCUCCUCCAACCCGCCGCCGGCUGCGGCUUCCAAGCCCGAAUCCGACGACCAGGAGCCCACUCCGCCGGGCAAGGACAAGAAGAAGGGCAAGGCCGGGGCGGAGAAGGUGGCGCCUGAGCCCUCUCCGUCCGGCAAGGCCAAGAAGAAGGCACUCUCCGAGCUCACUCCUUCCAGCGAGGGGAAGAAGAAGCACAAGGCCCAGCCGGAGAAGACUGCGCCGUGGAACAAGCUUGAGAAACCUGGACAGCCCAGGCGCUGGACAGUCGAGGACGAGCUCAAGAUCCUGGAGGCUCUUGUUCGCCACGUCAAGGCCAAUGGCACCCAGCCGGGCGCUGGUGAGCUUAUUGCCGUGGUUGGUGGCAGCCUCGAGAGGAAGAACUGCACCAAGACGGAAAUGUAUGAGAAGGUGCGGAACAUCAGGCAGCGGUAUGAGAAAGCGGUGAGCACAGGCGCUCUGCCAGAGAAAGAUGAUGACCUCCGCAAGUUCAAGCUCUCGGAGCAAGUCUGGGGAGCAAAUGCAAAGCAGGUGGCUGCAGCCACCAUGGCUCAAAAUGAGGCUGCUUCCUUAAAGAGCAAGAAGAAGGGGCAGACUAGCAAGGAGAAAACAGAGGGCCAUUCAAAGGGUGGUGCAGCAAAGGAGGCAACCGCUAGCGCCGAUGAAACAGAGGGCUAUUCAAAGGGUGCUACAGCAAAGCAGGCCACCGAAGAGAAGGUAGAAGAAGAUGGCAAGGGCAGGUCAUCAAAGAAGGCCAGCACUGCUGAUACUCCUGCUAAGAGUAGAAAGCGGGGAAACCACAAUGAGGAAUUGGAAGGCGAUGCAAAAACUGCCACUACAAAGGAGACCGUGGAUACUACCACUCAAAAUGGUGGCACUUUGGUGAGGAGCAAGAGUGGAAAGUCUGACAAAGAGAAAGCGGAUGGAGAUGCUGAGAGCCCCACACCAACGGAGGAUAUGGCUGACGCUCAAAAUGGUGGCACCCUUGCUCUGUAUAAGACGGAAGGGGAAGCUCAUGAAGAGAAAAUGGACACAGAUGCUAAUGUGAAAGGCACGCGCAAAGGGUUUGAGGAAUUGCAGAAAUUGUACCCCAACCUUACCUCUUAUGUGGAGGACAUCCAGGCCCAGCAUCCAUGUGGGGAGACACUGAAGAGAGCAUUUGAGUUCAUUCCUGAUGAGAAGGCAUGUACUUUGGAAUCCAAGAUCAAGAAGCAAAGAGUAGCUGAGUUGAGGAUGGAGAUGCGCCGAUCUGACACAAAGAAGGAGGUGACCAACAUAUUCAUAGGAUUGCUGGACUAA